AGUGGUCUUCCUGCCAGCUCGUAUCUCAUAACAGAGCAUCACCAGAUCAUCGAUUGAGGUCGCAAAUCGCUCAUUGAACUAUCAGCUGCCUCUAUUUCAUCCGCACACACCCUUCAGAACUUUGAUCUUCCAUGUCGGACAUCACCGGUGCUCAGUUGGUCGCUCGAACGCUAAAAGACCUCGAGGUGGACGUCGUCUUCGGUAUCGUGGGCAUACCGGUGAUCGAAGUCGCGCAGGCGUGUAUAAACAGCGGAGUACGCUUUAUAGGCUUCAGAAACGAGCAGAGUGCAGCCUAUGCGGCUGCGGCUUAUGGUUACCUUAGUAAACGCCCAGGCGUCUGCCUGGUCGUUGGAGGCCCUGGAGUCAUCCACGCUAUGGCGGGCACGCAUCACGCAGAAGCAAACGCAUGGCCGCUAAUGCUGAUGGCGGGAUCGAGCGAAUCCUACCAGCAGGGUAUGGGUGCAUUUCAGGAGUUGGAUCAAGUAGGUCUCCUGAAGCCGCACGUAAAAUUCGCUGCGAGGGCACCCUCAUUGCAUCAACUUCCGGGUACGCUGGAGAAGGCAUAUAGAACAGCCUUCUCCGGUAGACCAGGACCCACUUACGUCGACUUGCCUGCGGACCAUAUUCAAGGAAAGGUAGAGCAGCACGAAAGCCCGAGAGUCGCUCCACGUGCCAAGCAUUCACAAAGCGUAGCACCUGAGCGAGAGGUAGCUCAUGCGCUUGCUCUCCUUCGCUCUGCUCAACGCCCUCUGCUUGUCAUCGGAAAGGGUGCACAGUAUGCCCGUGCAGAAGAUCCGUUGAGGCGGCUGCUCGAGAUGAUGCCCAUCCCGUUUCUGCCUACUCCCAUGGGCAAGGGCUUGAUCUCGGACAAGCAUCCUAUGUGUAUUUCGGCAGCAAGAUCAACGGCGUUACGUGAAGCGGAUGUGGUUCUCAUAGUAGGCGCGCGGCUCAACUGGAUCUUGCAUUAUGGCCAAUCGCCCAAGUGGAACAAGGAUGUCAAGCUUAUCAGAUUGGACAUCAACGCUGAAUCGAUUGAUGACAACAAGAGCGCCGAAGUUGCGCUUGUGGGAGAUGCUUCGGCCAUAAUCGACCAGCUUUGCUAUGCUCUAGGCUCGGAACACGGCGUUACCGAUCCUUUCGCCAAGAUGUCUGACAGUCAGGCGAGCUGGUACAAAAAGCUCCUCUCGACCUGUCAUGAUAAUUCGCAAAAAUUGAUCGAAAAAGCCAUGGUAUUUCCUCGGCCCGCCAAAGGCAACGUUGGACAAGUCGCCCUUCCGCUCACCUAUCACCAAUCCUUCAACAUUAUUCGCAAAAACAUACCGGCGGAUCACGUGUUUAUCGGGGAAGGCGCCAACACUAUGGAUAUCGCUCGCAGCAUGUUUGAUGUGGUCUUACCUCGGUCCCGUCUUGAUGCUGGUACUCAAGCAACGAUGGGAGUUGGUAUGGGAUACUGUAUCGCCGCAGCGAUUUACGAGCAGAAGCGACCCGAGCGCCGACCCAUAGUGGCUGUCGUUGGGGACUCGGCUUUUGGCUUCUCCGGCUUCGAAAUCGAGACUGCAGUUCGCAACAAGUUGGGAAUGUUGAUCGUAGUGAUGAACAACGGUGGUGUUUAUAAGGGACUGCCCGUCAAGGCCUACAAUGACAUUCCCGUAGAGAAACUACCGCCGACCGCCUUACUCCCUGAACUGCGUUAUGAUCAGCUAUGCAUCUCCCUUGGCGGACUGGGUCACUGUGUGCGAACGAUUGACGAACUAGAAAAGGCAGUUCAAGACGGGAUCGACAAGCAGAAUGAAGGUAGGGUCACUCUGAUCAAUGUGCUGAUGGAUAGUGGCAGCAAAAAGAAGUUGGAGUUUGGCUGGCUAGCUUCGACGAAACCCAAAUCCAAGCUCUAAGUUGCGGCUUUGUUGUAGUACGGCAUUCAGAGAUAUUUUGUACGCGUGAGAAACGUUUAGAGACGCGCGCCUCAUGUGCGCUUUUUCCUGACGACCCCAUUUCAAGAUCUUGUG